CCUGUAUGCCACUAUUCAAUUGACUUAUGCUUUAAAAAAAAAUCAUAAUGAAUAUUAAAUUUUUUAUUAUUUCUUCAUACUUUUGUCUAUAUUUUUGUAUUGCAAGAUGUACUGAUGAGGUUUUGGAGGAAAUUUAUGCUGGUGCCCAAAGAUAUAUGGCUAAUGAAUUGGAACGCAUUUCUGAAUGUCGUGAAAGUGGAACGUUUGACAGGAAUACCAUAAGAAGCUCGUUUUGGAACAGAUCAUCUAGCGAAGAACUAGAUGACAUGGACGUUGAUCAAAUGCUAGAUGUAACAGAACCAUUACCGACGGUUACUCGUAUGUCAAAAGAUGAAUUUAAAGAAUUAAUAAGAAAACCAAAAUUUACUGAUGAGCAAUUGGACGAAAUUUAUGAUGCGGUACUAAAAGAUGCUGAAUCCUCAGAUCCAGUAAAAUUUUGCUUAAUCGAAAAACGCGUGGGAAUGAAUCAUCAACUACUUGGAUAUAAAUUGAUAUUUAACCAAUUUCCAGAUAUUCGUUUGUCAAAAGAGGAAUUCGCAAUAUCAAUGAAAAUAAAAGAAAUUAAAUUACCUGUUAAGAUAUUGGACGAGAUUUAUUCUACGUUACGAGAAGAUGCUGGAAAGAAUUCAGUUAAAUUUUACAUAAUUGAAAGAAUCAUUGGAAUGAAUAAAAUGGAAAUUGAAGUGGAUAUCGGGCUUAAAAUUGAAAAUAUUCCAAAAAUUCGUAUGUCAAAAGAGGAAUUGAAAGAAUUAAUGCAAGCAAAAAUAAAUUAUUUAACUGAUGAGCAACUAGAAAAACUUUAUGAAGCAGUACAAAACGACGAUAAAGGAUGUGUUACCAAGCGUUCAGUAGAACACUACUUAUGUAAGAAAACCAUUGGAUCGAAACAUGUACUAUAUGAACAGGAAAUCAAAUAUGUAAUUAAUAGAUUGCCGUCGGAUAUUCGUAUAUCAAAAGAGGAAUUUAAAGAAUCAAUGAAAAUACAGUUAUUCAAAUUAACUGAUGAGCAAUUGGACUACAUUUUUGAUGGUACCAUAAGUUAUGUUAACCGACUAUAUACAACUUACAGUAGUUUUGGUGGUGAAAAAGUGGACGGAAUAUUCAUAGAUCGUUACUUAAGAGACAACUUAUCCAAAUAUGUACUAACCUUUGAAGACAUGACCUAUAUAUUACAACAAAUACCGUCAACUGUUUCGAAAAACGAUUUGAAAGAUUUAUUGAGCUGGUGGCCGUUUUCAAAAAGGUCCCGUUUCUAGGGCUAUAAAAUUACUUCAACUUUAUUUCUUCAUUCACUAUUUUCAAAACGUCCAGCUAUUUCAUGUAUUUAAUUUAAGACUUUUUAAAAAAAAAAUCGAAGCAGUAUACUGUUAGCUUGUUUUUUAAUUUGUGUGUGUUUAUUUUUAAAAUUCUAAUGGGU